CCACAUAUGCCAACAAGACAGAUAAUCAAGUGAAUCAUGAUCAAAGCUCUGUGCCACCCCUUGCCCUGCCGUGGCCCUCGCGUCCUCCCUCCUCGUUCCCUGCCCAUUGCAAGAGGACUCACCCAGCCGAAAAGCCCCCGGCUCCUCGAACAGCGAUCUAUUGCAACUGCCAAAGGUCAAGUACACCCCAGCAUGAGCAGCAGCCAUACGCUUGCCAAACUUGUCUUUGGCACAGAUGCUCUCAAGCUCGACAAGCUCUUCGAUGUGUCUGGAUGGGUCGCCAUCGUCACAGGAGGGGGAACUGGCUUGGGACUAGUGACUGCUUCAGCACUUGCCAGCAACGGCUGCAAGGUCUAUAUCACAGGUCGUCGUCUCGAGCCUCUUCAGGAAGCAGCAAGGACCGCUGCGCCAGAGGGUUCUCCCGGCUCUAUUAUUCCCGUCCAAGCUGACAUGAGUAGUAAAGAAGGUAUACUCAGAUUGAAGGAAGUGAUCGAGAAGGAAGAGAAAUGGGUCAACGUCCUCAUCAACAAUCACGGAGUGUCAUUGGAUGUGCCCAAGAUCAACGAGGCCGAACAGACAGCCCAGGGCAUCGCCAAAAAGAUGUUCGACGACGAGACUUUUGAGAGCUGGGCAGACGGGCACCGUAUCAACACAGCAUCCUAUUACUUUACCACUUUUGCCUUCCUUCCUCUCUUGGAUGCUGCCCAGAAAGUGGGCAAGUAUUCAGAGCCAGGAAAUGUCUUGAACAUCGCGUCGGUCAGCGGGAUUACCAAGACCUCACAAAGAGGACAGUUCAGCUACAAUUCCAACAAAGCGGCCACCAUAUCCCUCUCACACCAACUUGCAACCGAGUUUGCCCGUCGUGGUCUGGGUAUUCGAGUCAACGUGGUGUGCCCCGGCUACUUUCCCUCUGGCAUGUCUCCUGUCGAUGAAAAGUACCUUAAGCCAAGUGAGGAGUUUAAGCAAAAGUAUGGAACUCCUCUCGGAAGGUCUGGGAACGCUCAGGAUUACGCUCAGUGUAUUUUUGGUCUCAUCAAUAACCAAUAUGUCACUGGGGCUGAAGUAGUGAUUGAUGGGGGCUGGCUUCUCGUCCAAGCCUUCUGAGCACGUGCAAUACUGACUGAAGUCGGACUGGAAAGAAACUUGUAUACAAAUGGUA